CCGCUCCCCCACAUUUCCGAUGCAGGUUAGCACAGACAGUCGCCGCGUAUAAAGUCUCGAGAAAACAGAGCCGCCAGGCACGGAGCUCUCCUGCGUCCCGCCUGCCCCUUCCGUCUCCUCCGCUCAACUAGCCACCCACCCACACGGCCACACCGCCUUGGCUCAAAGCCGCAGAAGCAGAAGCUACUCGCCGCUGCCGUCUCCAUGUCUCGCGUGCUCCGCGCGGUGCCGGUCGCGCUGAAGGUCCUGGGCUCCUCCUGCCUUUGACGACGCGGCGCGGCAGCGGUGGCGCGUUCCGGGUAUCGGGCUUCGGAGACAGGCGAGGCGACCGAGCACAACCUUCGCUGUGACCUGUGAGCUGCAGCAGCGGCAGGAGGUGAUGGCGGCGGCAGCUCACGACUCACGCCUCGGUGGUGGCGCGACGUCGACGAGCCGGCACGGCCGGUUCCUCCACGACGGUCGCGGCGGCGCCGACCGAGGCGGGCCCAUCGCGUCGGUCGCGGUGGUGGACCAGGCGGACUGCACGGCGCGGUCGUGCCGGUCGUGCGUGGCGGUCACGCUGGCGGACGUCAUCGCGCUGGGGUGCUGCCCGUGCGCGGUGGUCAGCCUGCUGGGGCUGGCGUUCAUCAAGGCCCCGCUGGCCGUGGCGCGCCGCUGCCUGCGGCGGCUGCGGCGGCGGCAGGGCGAGCUGCGGCACAAGAAGCGGGUGCGCGACAUGGACCCCGCCGCCAAGACCAAGUGCCGCCAAGCGGGUGGCGUCGGUCGUCACGGGGUGCCCGAGGCGGACGCCGACGCGUGGAAAGGUGAGGAGGGCUUGGAGACGGACGCUCGCGGCGUGGUGGCGAGUCGGGCGAGCAGCUCGUCGUCAGGCAGGCUCGACGCGGAGAAGGAUUGGAUGGAGAUGUACCGGGUGGGUCACUGGGGCUUCGGCCGCCUGUCCAUCUCCGUGAACCCACCACCCCCUCCUGUGAGGCCCGGCUACGUGGCCACCGGCCGCAACGCCGACGGCGACGGCGGUAGGAAGGACGCGGACCUGCGGUGUGAGUCGUGACUAGCGAAGCCGCCCGUGCCGUCCGAUACACUGCUGCGCCCUGUUCAUUUCCCUGUCCUGAAAGGCCUGUCGCUGCACGGUGGCAGCUACUUUUUGGUGUACUCCGCCGGGCCGUGCCAAUGCCAUGGUCCGAGGGGAACCGACCGAUGGAUGUCUGGGAGAAGCGCCAUGAUUGGAGGUGGAAACGGGGAUUGCUGCUCCACGCGCAGCCCCAACCAGAGCAAUUCAAUGCACAGCGGCAAACCAGGAACGCUUCUUCUGCUCGGUGGUCAGCUCGUUUCCAAGUGGGCUCUGUUUCAUUUCUUUUUUCCCCUUCCUUUCUUAUCUUCUUUUGAUUUUGGGAGCACGACCUGUAUUUUUACAAGCUGUACAUAAUUUGUGCGGUCGAGUUCUUCCAGCUCGGUGUUUUAGGUGGAUCUCUGUACAUACUUGUUUUUCUUUUUCCUUAAACAAAUGUACAUCCUUGGCUCGAACCGUCGAUGUCUCGGACGGAUUGCUGAAACCAGCCGUGUGAUUUCCCCGCAUAUAUUCACUGUGGAUGUGCCGGCAUCAUGGUUCAACAAUGCGUUUGACAACUGAAAACCGCCUGCGGCGGUAA